CUUCUGACUCUUCAAAUAAUCCAAGUUCUGCCAAUUGGACUCAGUUGUUUCAGUUUCUCCUCCCCUUUGCGUUUUUUUUCCCCGUUCGUCGGCGUCAAAGUGAUUUCCGGAUCCCGGAUCCCGUUUGAAUGAUCCCCGAGAAAAUUUAAUUAAACUACUUUAGUCAACCAGGGACAGACAUUAAAAGGAUGAGCUUGUAUAUAAAUCUUAGGACUGUAGUGGUUACAAUAUUGUUCUACAGCUCUACACUGCUAACUUAUGUAACAUGUACAGAGACAAACCUCCAGCCUAACAUUGUAUUAAUUAUGGCUGAUGACCUUGGCAUUGGGGACAUUGGCUGCUACGGAAAUAAUACUAUGAGAACUCCCAAUAUUGAUAAUCUGGCAAAGGAUGGUGUGAUGCUGACCCAUCACAUAGCUGCAGCUCCACUGUGUACACCCAGUAGGGCAGCCUUUAUGACGGGCAGGUACCCUAUUCGCUCAGGUAUGGACAAUGGUCACAGAGUGCGCGUACUUUUGUUCACUGGCAGCUCUGGGGGUCUUCCUAAGAAUGAGACUACAUUUGCAGCACUAUUGCAAAAACAAGGAUAUGCCACUGGCAUUAUAGGAAAAUGGCAUCUUGGAGUAAAUUGUGAAUCCCGCAAUGAUCAUUGUCAUCAUCCACUCAACCAUGGGUUUGAUUUCUUUUACGGAAUACCUUUCACAAACUUCCAUGAUUGCAAGCCAGGGGAAGGAAGUGCCAUUUUAACUAACUUCCAAGGUAGACUACGUCUGAUCAAUGACACCCUGAUAGUGGGACUGUUGAUCCUGUUUGUUUUGAAAUGGACUGGCUUUACCAGUAUUGGCUGGGGGAUAAUUGUGUGGCUCACAGUUUUAUGCUCCCUGUUCUUUGGGGCCUGGUACUGUGUUUUUGGUUUUGUGAGGCUCUGGAACUGCCUGAUCAUGAGGAACCAUGAUGUUGUUCAGCAGCCAUCAAACGGAGAAACCCUGCCUACCAGAAUGGUCGAGGAAGCUCUGGCAUUUAUUGAAAGGUAA